UCCGUGUCAAUUGUACCUCGACUGCUCCGCUAAAGCAAGCAAAGCCUAGCCUACCGCUUAGUGACAGAUCAUCCCGAGACUCAUGAGCUAUUCAUAGUUUUAAGUGGAAGAAAUACAGACUACAGGAAUUCUUUUCUGACGCUAACGCUAGCAGGAAGUUGGAAGUUUCGCCUUUAUAGGAUCCAGACAUGGCUCAACCAGCUGCAGUGUUGAUGGUAGUGGCUGCUGUGGGACUUGGUGUCGUCAUAAACUUUUCAAUACACAAGAUUGAAGAGGGACAUGUUGGAGUCUAUUAUCGGGGUGGUGCACUGUUGUCAAAGACAAGUGAACCAGGGUACCACUUCAUGCUACCGGCUCUGACAUCUUUCAGAUCUGUUCAGACAACCCUUCAGACUGAUGAAGUGAAAAAUGUUCCCUGUGGCACAAGCGGAGGAGUUAUCAUCUAUUUCGAAAGAAUUGAAGUUGUGAACAAGCUGGACAUAAAUGCAGUUUUUGACAUUGUGAAGAACUACACAGCUGAUUAUGACAAGACUUUAAUCUACAACAAAAUUCAUCAUGAGCUGAACCAGUUUUGCAGUGCCCACAAUCUACAAGAAGUUUACAUAGAUUUGUUUGACCAGAUUGAUGAGAAUUUGAGGAAAGCCUUGCAGUCUGAUCUCUAUGACAUGGCCCCAGGCCUAACUGUUCAGGCAGUGCGAGUGACCAAGCCAAAGAUUCCGGAGCAGAUCAGGAAAAAUUAUGAAGCCAUGGAAGGAGAGAAGACCAAGCUGUUGAUUGCCAUCCAGAAGCAGAAGGUUGUAGAAAAAGAAGCAGAAACAGACAGAAAGAGAGCCAUCAUUGAGGCUGAAAAGAUCGCCCAAGUUGCGAAAAUCCAGUGGGAUCAAAAGAUUAUGGAAAAGGAAUCUGAGAAGAAAAUGUCUGAAAUUGAAGAUUCCACACUUUUGGCUAAAGAACAUGCAAAGGCUGAUGCAGAAUUUUACAAGGCCCAAAAAGAAGCAGAAUCAAACAAGGUGAAGCUUACCAAAGAGUACCUUGAAAUGCUGAAGUUCCAGACCCUGGCUAGCAACACCAAGAUCUACUAUGGCAACAGCAUACCAAGUAUGUUUGUGGAUUUGCCAGCUGUAGGAGCCGCAGAGAAGUCCUGCGGUGGUGAUUCGAGCUCUUCAGAGAAUAAAAAAAGAUAGAUUGGACAUGAUCGGAUGUGAGUGGAUGCAUGACUAGCGACUUUGAGAACAUCACUGCUUGUGUAUGGUGCCUUUGCUCAAGUUCAACUCAUACCUUGAAUAGACAAUAUCAUUUUUAACUGUGUGGUAGUGCAAUUUUCUCAAUAUUGUAUUGCUUGUUAAAUUUUCUUUUGCCACAAAGAUUUAAGGAUUUCCAAAUGAUGAAUUAUUGACACAGAGAAGUGAGGCGUGAUAUUGGAAUAGCCUGCUGUGUAUUUCUUGUUUUAUGAAUGAGCAGGUUUUUCAUCAUUUUUAAUGGUCCAUGGAAAUCCAUUAGUAGCAGCCAAAUAAAACGACUGAGAAACACUCCACUAAACGAAAAAAAAUACAGAAUGAACAUUCCGCAAUACGCGCAUAAAUUACUCUUUUUGGUGUGUGUGUGUGUGUGUCUUUGUCUUGAUUCCUUUUGUUUUGGUUCUUUUUUGCCUCUUCAUCUUGAUUUUGUUAAACAGACAUUAAAGAAUGAUAAUGUAUGGGUGUUUGAAAAUUAUUGUAUUUCAAAAAAAAAUUUUCAGUCUUUUUUAUUUUUAUUUUCUCUGUCCUAAAGCUGUCUUCUCUUGUGAUGACACUAAACAUGUAAUGAACUGUCUUGUAACUUCAAAUUGUCUUGCAACUUUAAUACCAUGAAAUUGUUCAACACAGAACUCUUGUCUAUUCCACAUUUUACUUCAGAACUGUUCUCUUUUUCUUUGGUCUUUCUGGUCUUUACUAUUUGGCAUGUGUUUCUAGAUUUUGGCAAAAAUGUGGUCCACAAGGGCAUUUUAGAUAUGGGGAAUUUUUGUGUUUUGAGGACAUUGCGCUUUACGCUAGACUCGUAAAAAAAAAAAUGCAGCUAUUUGAGGAAAUUGGCAGCUCUUUGGGGCUGUCUAUUUGAUUUGAAAGCAGAAAUGUGAGCAUCUUCUGGGAAUAAUAAGAUGGGGAAUAUUAGGUGCAAAAUAUU